AUGUCAACCGAAGAGAGCCGUGUAAAGCGCCUUGAACUUGUGCUCAACGGCGUCGAAGACGAGCGAGAACGCGAGCGAGCGCACGCAGUUCGGACUUUGCAGUCGCUGCUCCCGUUACAACCACUGGAAGUUUUGCUGAUUGUCAAAAGAAUCGACGCAGCUUUACGAGCAGAGCGGCCACCUCACUGGAAGUACACAACGGGGGCUUUAACGGUCGCUGCUGCACUCUUGUCAGCCGAACGUGGAGAGGCGCUGGAGCAGCUCACGACCACAGCCCGGGUCAGUAGAAGAAACGUUGCACCGGGGGUUGCUGAGAGACAUUGUUUCCAGGAAACCCCGCAAAGGAUGGCACUGGUUCAAUCCGUUGACCACGAAACACUCGAAGCACUCCUUGAGCUCUUAACCGCAACCUUACCCGUGUUUCUGGGGCGGUCGGAGGCAGCGCUUCGGGUAGCUGCCGUCGAAGCCUUGCGCCAAGUUGUCUCGCACCGGAGUCUUGCGGCCUGGACUUACCUUGUCCCUACACUUUUAUGUCUACUGGAAGAACAACUGGUGCGCUCGCGCUCCUCUGAGUCUAUCACACUAACACAGGACAAAGCGAAGGCCACGAUUUCCGAGACUUUUGCAGUUUCCGACAAACCAGUAACCACAGCGCAGGAGACUUUCGCACUAGAAAGCACACUAGAUGCGAUUGCAGCGGGUUUGAGUGCCCUCGCACCGCUCGAUCUGGUUCCCAGUCUCGUACUUGCGCAUCAUGCCUUCUUGGAAAGCAACGUUCUAUCCCGCUGUUUACAACAUCGCAACCGUUUUGUUCGUGAAUCGCUUCUGCAUCUUGUAUGCGAGUUGAUAAGACGUUGUCAGGAUUUGCUGGAUCGUUGCGAAGGCCAAGUUCAGGAUAAUCGACAGCUCGUCCGAGCGACUGCGCUGGCAUGUGCGCCGCUGAUCGCCCGGGGCCUCGACGACAACUGGAGCCAGGUUCGCUUCGCGGGCAUGCUCGCUGCGCACCGUCUCUACCUGGUGUUCGAACAGCUUCCACUACAGCUUCGUUUCAGCGUUGAUCGCCUCCUGUUACCUCGCUUGUGUCUGAAUCGACACUACUUGGCUGAAGGCGUUCGAGAGUAUGCCCGUAAGACCUGGCUUGCGUUGUUUGGUGCGCAUGGACGAGAGCUGGUGGCCACCAACUUGGCGGAUGUCAUUCCGUAUGUAUUGAAAGAGUCGCAGGCUGAGAACCAUGCCGUGCGAGAGGCCGCUUGCCAUUUGAUGGCGGAGAUCGCGGAUCGCCUGGAUCCUUGUCUAGUGAAGCCGUACGUCGAUGCGCUGCUUACGGCGCUUAUCGACUGCUUUCACGACGAGAGCUGGCCCGUUCGGGAUUGUGCGAGCAGUGCUUGUGCAGCGCUCGCCAUGGUGUUUGAUCUCCACGAGCAGCCUCCAGAACGUGUUGAUGAACUCUUUACCCUAUGGUUCAGACAUUGCGCGGAUAACAUCCCUUCGGUACGCCAGCACGCUGCGGAGGCGCUGGCGAAAGUGAGCGCUCGACUGCAGGGCGCCUACCUGGAACGCGUCUUCGAGUACCUGGGUUCGGCGCUCGCUCGAGCAACGGAGCAGCCUCCAGACCUUGUCGCUGGCGAGAGUGCCUCCACGGAAGUGACGGAAACCACAUUUCAAUCGAUGAAACAAGUUCGCGACAAUGAUGUGCGUCUGCAUAGCAAUCAAACCAUGUAUAGCUGCGGCUCCUUGGCCCCGAAAAUGCGCGCUCGCCAUCAGCGAGUGGGCUGUAUGGAUUGCGCGUACCUGCGUGAACCAGAACCCUGGGAGUAUACUGAUGGAGCGCUUUAUGUAUGGCGGCAUCUCUCAGAGCUAGGAUAUGGCGAGCGUUGCGCUUCGAGUCCGUAUCUGGAGCUUAUUGUGGAGCGCCUGAUCCAGCUGCCCAUGUUUCAUCGCUUGCCCACACUCUGGGCUACGUUAUGGACCCAGUUUGCGCUGGCUUUGCCUUUUUUGCCACCGCAACGAAUCGCAGAGAUGCUGCCCAGGAUCCGUGCAGCCAUGGGGCGUGUUGCAGACUGCGGACAAGCGCAUGUCCUCAGAGCACUCGAAGAGAUGCGGCAGGCACUGAAGCCAUGGGAAACGACCGACGAUUCCAAGUGA